CUUCCUUUCCAAAACAACUGGUGCUGAACAUAAGCACGGUUGUUUCCAUUUUACCCUUUUAAAACGCUUUUCUCGGUGUGUUUGCUCUUCACGAGUCGUAUUUCACUUGCGAAAUAAAAGUAGUAUCAAACUGAACAAUGCCGAAGAAAAAGUUUAUCGACAAAAAGAAUGCCGUCACGUUCCGGUUGGUGAACCGUAGCCAGCAGGAUCCGCUGUAUGUCGACGAAACGGCACCACAAAAUGUGUUGAUGCCCGUUCGCAUACCCGAAAAAUAUGCUAACUUGGCCGGAGGAAUCAAGAGACAGUCAACCUCCGGAGUAAAGGUUGAUCCUACGAAGCGCAAAACAGAACAGGCAAAGUUUGGUAUCUACUACGACGAUGACUACGACUACCUGCAACAUCUGCGUGAGCCGGGCCGUAAUGAGGUGUUCUGGGAACCGAUCGAUACGAAAGCAACGAAAGAGCAGCCCGGAGCGAAAAAUGUCAGCAUUAAGCUACCCAGUUCGGUGUUUGCGUCGGAGUACGAAGAGAAAGAGGGAAUUAUGAAAAAGGCUGCCAAUGCUCGCCCGGGUCCGCGGCCCGACUGGGAUCCGGAUGUUGUUGCUGCAUUGGAUGAAGAUUUCGAUUUCGAGAACCCGGAUAAUGCACUGGAGGACAACUUCAUGGAGCUGGCAAUGCAAGAAGGCGGCACCGACGGCUAUCUCGAAGCAGUCGAUGAAGAUGAGGAUGAGUACGAUUCUGAGGGCCCAAUGGAUGGCGAUUAUUCCGACGAAGAACAGGACCGCAUUGGCCCGCUGGGUGAAACGUUCGGAAGAGAGGAAACAAAAUCGCGCUUCACCGAGUACUCCAUGUCUAGCAGUGUGAUUCGUCGUAAUGAGCAGCUAACACUGCUCGAUGAUCGGUUCGAAAAGUUCUACGAACAGUACGACGACCCGGAAGUAGGCGCACUGGACUGUGAGGAAAUCGAGGGACACGUAGAGGUGAGCGAUAAUGUGCUACUACAGUACGCGGAAGCGUACCAACGAGAAAACGAUGGCCAGUUUGACUUGGCGAAGGAAAAGGAAUGGAUUAAGGACCGCGUCCUAAAGUUCCAAGAGGAAGAUGACGACGAAGAGGAGCUGGUAGAGAUGCGAGUCGAAGACGACGCGGAGAAAAAAUGGGAUUGUGAAAGUAUUCUCUCCACGUACAGCAACAUUUACAACCACCCCAAGCUGAUCGAUGAACCGAAACGUUCCCGCAAAAUUGAAAUCAAUCCAAAAACGGGUCUACCAGCGCACGUUCUCGGUUCGGAUGGUGAUAAGCUAACGAUCAAAUCUCUGGCCAAGCUCGAACAGAGCGGAAGUAAACAGGACGGCCCAAAAUCGUUGUGCGAUCAAAGUGUCAUCUCUACGCUCAGUGUGCUAUCGAUCCGACCGCCAGACGAAUCACCCGAAGAAAAGCGCGAACGCAAGAAGCUACUAAAGGAGUAUCGGUCCGAGCGUCGGAUAGAACGCAAGGCGAACACGUUGGCUUUCAAGCAGGAAAAGAAACUCCAGGAGAAAAAUAAGAUCAACAAUCAAGUGAAUGCCGGCCAACGGAUUGUGUAAAAAAAGACUUGUAAAAUUGCCCUUGGCUUACCUCCUGUGAAAUAAAAGUGUUGC